CUUCCAGUAAAUUUGGCUCCGUCCUGAAUCCUGAUAUGUGAGAGGGCACUGCCGAAAAUGAAAAUUCGCCAUGGCAAGAUGUGCCGCAUCAAUGCUUGAUCUCCGACGCUCUGCUUGUGCAACUGCUUCUCCACACGCCAACAACGUUUGCUGAACAUACUGGAAAUCGUGCUGACGGUAAGGGCCGUCGAACUCACUCUCUGGCGGAUAGCGCAUGCCAUUCAACGCUUGAAUUGAGACGCUUGGCAAAGCCAUCACGUACCAAUUUCGACGCAUAUGGCCCCUAAGAAAGGCUCUGCCUCCGGCAAGGGUAACCCUUCUAAAAAGCAAAUACCCACAGUCCCAGACAGUGACCAUAUAGUUUUCACUAAGCAGAAAAACGAAAACAAGAGACAGGGGCAGAAAGACCCCGACGGAGCCCCGCCCCGUCCGGACGUGAAAAAGAUCAUCGGCGGUGCUUCAUGGACCGGCAAGUUGCCUGUCAAUUUGCUGUCGGAGCAUUGUCAGCGAGAAAAAUGGAAUAAGCCCGAGUACCAGGGCCGCCAAGUUCCUUCGGCAAGCGGUGGAGACAAGCUUCACCGAUCAUGGGUUGUAUUGUCGAGGACGGACCCGAAGUCGGGCUCUGUCACGAAACUUCCCCCAUUCCAGCUUCCAGCAGAUCAUGCCCAUCUCGCAGACCAGCCGACAGCACUCGAGGCUCGCCAUUUUGCAGCUGCUUAUGCUCUGUUCCGCGUGUCUAGCAUGAAGAAUUUGGCAAUGGCAUUACCUCCAACCUACCGAGAUCUUUGGAAAGGCGACUUCCAGCGUCUCAAGGACGUAGAUGUCAAGGAUGGUAGGGGAUGGAAAUAUGACGCAGAUCCCUUUGCUGCUGAAUCAAGAGGACAGGAGAUCAAGGCCGCUCGAGAAAAGCGAAAAGAGGAGGAAGCGCGGCAACCUCCCAAGAUUGUACCUUCGGGUUUAACUGGCUCAGGGAUAGAUAAUUCUCUAUCGAAGGCGUGGGAUCGAGCACCGCGACUUGAGUUGGGACAGGAGGUUCGCACACGGACUGAGUCAAUCAUCAGAUCUCGAAGCACCUGGAACCAAAGCAGGCUUGAGAUCUCCAAGGCGGACAGAGACACCAUUGUGGCCGAUCUAUCUCGAUCUGGCUUUCAAUCGUCCCACGUCCAAGAAGCCCUCGAAAACUGUGGCACGCGGGAAGAAGUGUUAGAGUGGCUCCUCAUUCACGUUCCCGAGGAUUGCCUGCCCGCGUGGAGCUUCCCCCCCGGUUACAGUGCAGGAAUUACCCUCGUUAGCAGCGACCUUGCGACGGAUGCCAAGAUAAAGCGAUUAAGCCACGGGGGCUACCCAAGCCAGCUAUGUCUUCAAGCCCUACGUGACAACGAUGGGGACGAGGCUCUGGCAGCAGAAGCUCUACAAUCACGCCUUGUGCUAUGCGAGGCCGGGAUGGUUGCGGAUAAAGAAAGCAACGCACCCGUUUGGGAUGAAGAAAUGACUGCUCUAGAAGCUAUACUUGACGAAAGGUUUAAUAUCCCUGCUCGAAACCGCUGCUCUAUCCUGGCGGACCACAGUUUGAAGUUCUCAGCCACAUUUCACUUUCGUCGUCCGACCUCUGGUUAUCCAAACAGGCCACCCGUCGUCUCAAUCGAGGCACCUCAGAUACCGAGUUACAUUCGCCUGAGUGCAACCAAGAGAGCGAUUCAGUAUGCCCAGGAUCACCUGCUUGGUGAUUCGAUGAUAUUCAGUCUAUUGGAAUGGCUGGAGAGCUCGAUGCCAACCAUCAUCGAAGAUCCGGGAAGGCUGAGUGACUUGGAGAUCACGCCUUGCCUAACCGGAAGGAUGUUCGCUACGGCGCAGAAUGCAGCCCAGAACUAUUCCGCUCCGACAAGAAUGGCGGAAAGAGUAUACAUGAGGGAUAAUCGAUCCAGUCAAGCAAUAUUCGAGGCUUGGAAAAUGCGGCAGAGCUUGGAAACUCAACAGACAAUGAAUUCAGCUCGGCAACGUCUACCCGCAUGGCCCAAAAAGGAGGAAAUUACGAGAGUGGUUGACAGAGCGCAGGUGACUCUUAUUACAGGAGAAACCGGCUCUGGGAAAAGCACUCAAGCGGUCCAAUUUAUCCUGGACAACGCUAUCGAAAAUAUGCGAGGUUCUUCACUCAACAUCAUCUGCACACAACCCAGGAGAGUCGCUGCUCUGUCAUUGUCCGAGCGUGUCAGUGCGGAGCGAUGUGACAAGGAAGGCCAGGAAGUUGGGUUUAUCAUUAGGGGAGAGUCUAAGGUCUCUUCAAAGACAAAGAUCACAUUCCAAACCACCGGUGUGCUCCUUCGCCGCCUUCAGAACUCUUCUAGCAUUAAGUCAGCCCUGGCGAACAUCAGCCACGUCUUCAUUGAUGAAGUUCAUGAACGGUCGCUGGAUACGGACUUUUUAUUGGCCUUGCUGCGUGAGGCCUUACCAUCUUUGCCUCAUUUGAAGAUUGUCUUAAUGAGUGCCACUCUCAAUGCCGACACCUUCGCUGACUACUUUGGUGGUGAUCGAGUUGGCAGAGUCCACAUUGAAGGGCGUACAUAUCCGGUCCAGGACUAUUACCUCGAUGAUGUUGUCCGGAUUGUGGGAAAUGAGAAAAGAGAAUCGCAGCAGGAGUCAGACGACGAACCUCCUGUCGGCAAGGCGAUUCAGAGCCUAGGAAUUGGAAUUAAUUACCAGUUGAUCGCUUCGCUCGUGCGAGAUAUCGACAGGCAGCUGGGCAGCUCGAGCGGAGGUAUUCUCAUUUUUAUGCCAGGCACCUUGGAAAUCGAUCGCUGUCUUAGGACAUUGGCUGGCAUCCCCGGUAUUCAUGGUCUACCGCUCCACGCGUCUCUCACGCCUGCCGAGCAGCGGAUAGUAUUCAGGCAGCCUCCGGCAGGUAAACGAAAAGUGGUUGUCGCCACGAACGUUGCCGAGACGUCAAUCACCAUUGAAGACAUCGUGGCGGUGGUUGACUCGGGCAAAGUGAAAGAGACUAACUACGAUCCUGUCACAAACAUCGUGCGUCUUGAAGAGGUCUGGGCUUCCCAGGCAGCUUGUAAACAGCGCCGUGGCCGGGCGGGCAGAGUUCGGGCAGGGAAAUGCUACAAGCUCUUUACAAGGAACGUAGAAGCCAAUAUGGCAGAGUCUCCCGCACCAGAAAUGCUCAGAACGCCGUUGGAGCAACUCUGUCUUUCGGUAAAGGCGACCGGUUUUGCUCGCAAUGUGGAGGAAUUCCUGGCAAGCACCAUCUCGCCGCCCGACAGCCGAGCUGUCGCCACGGCACUGAAGACCUUGCGGCGGAUGGGUGCUUUGGAGAAUGACCGCUUGACCGGUCUCGGAAACUACUUGGCUAUGAUACCUGCUGACCUGCGCUGCGCGAAACUGCUCAUCUACGGCGUCUUAUUUGGGUGUACGGAAUCCUGUCUGACAAUCGCUGCCAUCUUGGCAACGAAGAGCCCGUUUGUCUCGCCGCGCGACAAAAGGGAUGAGGCGAAGGAGGCGAGAUUGUCCAUGACCGCUUCGGACGGCGACCUUAUCGUCGACUACAGAGCAUAUGAGCUGUGGAAAGAGCAGUCUGCGGCGUUGCGAUACAAAGAUGUGCAGAAUUGGUGUUCAGCCAAAUUUUUGUCUCCCCAAACUCUCCGCGACAUUGACUCGACUCGACGGCAACUUCUCGACGCCUUGAUAGAAACUAGCCUGUUACCUGCCCAUUACACCAGUGAUUCUUCCAACUACAAUCGACAGAAAGGCAACGUCAUGCUCCUGCGCGCCAUCAUUGCGGGGGCGCUGAGCCCUCAGAUCGCACGCAUCCAAAUGCCCGACAAGAAAUACAUCGCAUCUAUGAGCGGUGCCAAGGAACUCGACCCGGACGCCAAAACAAUAAAGUACUUCAACGAGGAAAAUGGAAGGGCGUUUGUGCACCCAAGCAGUGUGCUCUUCGACGCCCAAGGGUUCUCCGGCAAUGCAAGCUUUGUGAGUUACUUCACUAAGAUGGAGACCAGCAAGACGUUCAUCCGGGAUUUGACGCCGCUGAACCCAUAUGGGCUGUUAUUGUUUGGUGGGCCCAUCGAGGUCGAUACACAGGGCCGGGGAGUUGUUGUGGAUGGAUGGGUGAAGUUGAGGGGUUGGGCUAGGAUCGGAGUUCUGGCUUCGCGGCUACGGGCAUUGUUGGAUGACGAGCUGAGGAGAAGGAUUGAUUCUCCUGGGCGCGUCGCGGGUGACGACGCAGAGAACAGUGGUGGAGUUUUUGAUAUUGUUAGACAUUUGGUGGAAUUCAACGGGCAGGACAGAUAGACAGGGGGGAACGACCAGCCUUAUGAUGGUUUCCAUUUUUGGAUACAGAUCCUGGACGAGUUAGGACAGAGAGUCGUGGAUUUAUGUACACGUACUGCCUUGGACCGGUGCGAGUACACGGCCAG